UCAUACUUCAGUCAAGUCCUCAAAAGAAAGAUGGAAAACGACUUCCCGCCGUCGGCACCAUCGCCGAAGGAUGCAAAUGCAAUACCAACUCCACUAAAUCUCAAAGAUGAGCAAGAGGAAAGAGGAGAGAAGCAUAGCAAGAAAAUUUGAUGCAUUCUCUAUAUAUAUACAAAGAUCACACCAACCGAGCACAAAAUCUUCCCCAUUCCGCAGCAAAAGAGCAGCAAAGAGUUUAUCAAGCCAGCGAUGGAGCCUCCCGCCGGAGACGCUGCUCUGCCGCCGCCGCCGCCGUCGUCGUCGGUCAUCUUCCUGGGCACCGGCUGCUCCGGCGCGCUCCCCGACACGCGGUGCCUCCUCAGGCCGUCCGCGCCGCCGUGCGCCGUCUGCUCCCUGGGCGUCUCGCUCCCACCGGAGCAAAACCCCAAUUACAGGUGUAACACCUCCCUCUUGAUAGAUUACUGCCAAGACGAUGGAACCCACGAGUACAUUAUAAUCGAUGUCGGCAAGACCUUUAGAGAACAGGUUCUCCGGUGGUUUGUUCAUCACAAGAUUCCUUGGGUUAACUCGAUUAUUCUCACUCAUGAGCACGCGGAUGCUGUCUUAGGUCUUGACGACGUUUGGAUGGUUCAACCAAAGGGUUGCAGCAAUGAUUUCCGCCGAGUUCCGAUUUUUCUUACCCAAUUCACAAUGGACAGUGUUGUAGCAAGGUUCCCCUACUUACUGAAAAAUAAGCUAGAGGAAGGUGACGAAGUUUCCCAAGUCGCUCAACUCGAUUGGAGGAUAAUUGAGGGUGAUAUUGACAAGCCAUUUGUAUCAUCAGGGCUAGAGUUUGUGCCUUUGCCUGUCAUGCAUGGAGAGGGUAAUAUUUGUUUAGGCUUCCUAUUUGGGAGGAAAGCAAAAAUUGCAUAUUUAUCUGACGUCUCAAGAUUUCUACCUGAAACUGAGUAUGCCAUUUCAAAGUCUGGUGCUGGACAACUUGAUCUUCUUAUACUAGAAACAAACACUUUGCAUGGGAAGGGAAAUGCUCGCAGUACCCAUCUUCAUUUGAGUGAGACUCUUGAUGCUGUGAAGAGGAUAAGCCCUAAGAGAGCUCUGUUGAUUGGAAUGAGACAUGAGUUCGAACAUUACAGAGAAAAUCAGAAUCUGGCAGAAUGGUCAAGCAGAGAGGGAAUACCUGUACAACUAGCUCACGACGGCCUCCGCGUGUUUAUCGACCUGUGAUUUGGUAGGCAUCAUACUGCACAUUUCAAAUAUGAGCAACAUUGCUUUCCCAAAUAUAGUUGAAACAGUUUCAGUGAUGUCAUAAUAGACUAUUGCAAGAGUACUGAAUCCUUAUUAUCGUCAUUGCUUAUUUGUAAAAGAAACAAGGUCUCAUGUGGGAAAGAAUUUGGUGAUUACGCUUUUUGUAGAGAAUUUACCUGUUCUCAUUUGGUGGUAUAUAGUAAAUACAGAAUUAGUGAGAUCGAAGAAUGAAUAAUCUUGGUUUCUUGGGAUUAUGAAACCUCGUUGUGAUUGAUAAUAUAUUUUCUACUUCUAUAUAUACUCGGUAAAGAAUAUGA